AAGAUGCCUUCAACACAUAACGUAGAAAAGCCGUGGGAUACGGAAGAUAUCGACAAGUGGCAGAUCGAAGAAUUCAAGCCCGAAGACAACCUGGGCGGCACCUUCAGCGAGGAAUCCUCCUUCUCCGUCCUCUUCCCCAAAUACCGCGAAACCUACCUCAAGGCAUCAUGGCCGCUGAUCACGCGCUCGCUGGAAAAGAUGGGAGUCGCCUGUACUCUGGAUUUGGUCGAGGGUAGCAUGACCGUCAAGACGACACGAAAGACAUACGACCCGGCCGCCGUCCUGAAGGCUCGCGACCUCAUCAAGCUGCUCUCCCGUAGCGUUCCCGCGCCCCAAGCCGUCAAGAUCCUCCAGGACGAUAUGGCUUGCGACGUCAUCAAGAUCAGAGGACUGGUGCGCAACAAGGAGCGCUUCGUCAAGAGAAGACAACGUAUCCUCGGUCCCAACGGCAGCACCCUCAAAGCCCUCGAACUCCUCACAUCCUGCUACAUCCUGGUACAAGGAAACACGGUUUCGGCCAUGGGAGGCUACAAAGGAUUAAAAGAAGUGCGCCGCGUAAUCAUGGACUGCAUGAACAACAUCCACCCAAUCUACCACAUCAAAGAACUCAUGAUCAAGCGCGAAUUGGCAAAGGACCCGGAACUGGCGAAUGAAAACUGGGAUCGCUUCCUCCCUCAUUUCAAGAAGCGCAACUUGAGCAAACGCCGCGUCCCCCACAAUGUCACGGACAAGACCAAGAAGACCUACACACCUUUCCCGCCCGCACAGGAGAAGAGCAAGGUCGAUUUGCAAAUCGAGAGUGGAGAGUACUUCUUGUCCAAGCAAGCAAAGGAAAGACAGGAAAAGCAAAGGAGGGAAGACGCCAUGCGCGAAAAGAUGGAGGAGAAGAGACAGGCCAGACAACAAGAUUACAUUGCUCCCGACGAGCCCGGAGAGGAGGAGCAAAAGAAAAAGGAGAAGAAGGAGAAGAAGGAAAAGAAGAAGAGGAAGCACGACGAGGAUGGAGAGGAAGAGGUUUCGGAAAAGAAGAAGAAAAAGUCAAAGAAGCACAAGGAGGAGGUUGCUGCCGAGGAGAGCGAGUGAUUCCGUUCUUCUUGACGUCUUUCUUCUCACAAAUUAUAUCCCAUCUUUGUUUUUCGACCUAUUUGCAAGGCAUCAGGUUGUCGUUGCUUCUUUUUCUGGCAUAGUUUGGUGUUUACUGCUGCGUUCAGCGUUAGGGCUAUCCGUCUCAAAAAAUCCUAUCCUUUUUUCCUCUUGACAUGCUCCAUACUUCAUCUU